CCAGGCAGGCCUGACUGACAGACAACAACAGUCCAAACUGACCAAACCAAAACUUACACUGAAGAGAUCCAGUGAGCUGCACUGGAAAAGAACAAGAGGGAGAAGUCUCGAUUAAUCGACUGAGGCUCUGUUUUGUGGAGGAGAGACCUUUCUGGUUCAGGAGGUCGCCAUGAAAAGCUUGGAUCUGUUACUGCUGGCAUGUUGCUUAUGCAGCCUGGGCACACUGGGAGUUGCAUCUGACGUGGAGAAGGCUCUGAUGGUGAAGCUCUUUACCAACUACAACCUUAAGGUGCGGCCAGCAUUGAGGCCUGAAGAGCGGGUGGUGGUUCGUGUGGGUAUGGUCCUUUCCUCCUUCGUUGGACUGAACAUGAAAAAUGAAGAAAUGAGCACAAUUGUUGUCAUGAAUCUGGAAUGGACAGAUCAUCGGUUGUCAUGGAACCCCAAGGAGCAUGAUGGGAUUGAGGUGAUGCGCAUCCCCUCUGGGAAGGUUUGGCUGCCUGACAUUGUCCUCAUCAAUAAUAAUGAUGGGGUGUUUGAUGUGGCCCUUCCUGUCCAUGUCCAGGCUUAUAGUACUGGCAGAGUGACCUGGACUCCCCCUGCACUUUACUGCAGCUCUUGUGGAGUUAAGGUAACAUAUUUCCCAUUUGACUGGCAAAACUGCACCAUGCAGUUCCGCUCCUACACAUACGACUCGACAGAGAUCGAGAUACAAUAUGCGCUGGACUCAAAAGGCAAAGAGAUCAGGGAGAUCCAACUGGACGAAGGUUACAGUGAGGGUGGCGAGUGGCACAUCACACACAGGCCGAGCAGGAAGAACAUGAACGACGAUCUAUACGAGGACAUGACCUUCUACCUCAUCAUCGAGAGGAAGCCUCUGUACUACAUCCUGAACAUCAUCCUCCCCUGCAUCCUCAUCACCAUCAUCGCCAUCUUUAACUUCUACCUGCCUCCUGAUGCAGGAGAGAAGAUGGGUCUGUCCAUCAACGUGUUGCUCACCCUCACUGUGUUCCUGCUGCUGCUGGCUGAUAAGAUCCCAGAGACAUCAUUGGGUGUCCCCAUCAUUGUCAACUACAUCAUGUUCACCAUGAUCCUGGUCACGUUUUCCGUCAUCCUCAGUGUGGUCGUCCUCAACCUGCACCACCGCUCACCCAACACCCACCUGAUGCCCAUGUGGGUCCGCAAGAUUUUCAUCCACAUGCUGCCUCCUUAUCUGGGCAUGCUGCGGCCAAAAGUGGAGACCCCUCUCUCCCUGGAGACCAUGCCCCGCCGAGAGAAAAAGGUGGUCGCCAUCAGCAAAGUGGCCGAUGAAUACUUCAUCCGCAAGCCUGACUCCUCUAUUUUGUUCCCCAAGCCCAAUAGGUUCCAGCCGGAAGGUAUGUGUACAGAUCUGAGAAAGUUUAUUGAUGGCCCCAGUAGCUACCUCACGCUACCUGACGAGCUCAAAUCAGCCAUAGAGGCCAUCACAUAUAUUGCUGAGGCUCUGCAGGCUGAGAAGGACUAUGAAGCUCUGAAGGAGGACUGGCAGUAUGUGGCCAUGGUUGUGGACCGCAUGUUCCUCUGGAUCUUCGUCGUCUUCACCACUGUGGGCACCUUGGCCAUCUUCGCCGAUGCCAGCUUCAACCACACACCCACUGACCCCUUCAAGGCCCCCUGAAACAGCAGGACAUUUGGUCUUCUUAAGCUAUACCCAUCCUGAUUUACCACCUCAACAAAUAGGGAAGAAGAAAUCACUGCGUUAAGCUGCAUAAAGAUUAUCUGGGUGUAGCUUACCAUCAACCCAUUGUGCCAACAAUGUAGAAACUGUUAUAUGUAAUCCAGGCAAGAAACUUGCCCACUGCACCUCACGUUUUUAGCUGCCAUCUGUUAUCAAACACUGCCAAUUUACUUUACUUUCAUGCAUGACUAGCACCCCAAAUGACCUCAAAAUGUGCCUUUAUUGUGGACAGUGUCAAUAUUGAAAAACAUCUUGACAAUAUCCAUAUCGUGACAAACAAUAAUUUCUUAUACAGCAUUCUUAUUCAUGGCCAUAUGGAAGGCAAAGACUGUAAUUUCAGCUCAUAAGUCUUUGACCCAGUAAAGCACGAGUCCUGUACGACCAUUUCUUGACCCUCGCCUGCACCACUGCUUCACAACCAAAGUUGACAAAAUUUUGACAAUCCACGUCAAUUUUUGGACAUAAUGCAUGAACAGAGGGGCAUGCAUCUUUAUUCUUCCUACCCUGAGAGGAUGGCAUGUUGUUUGACCAGCUGAGGUUUGUCAGAUUGUGAGGUUUUUUUUUUUCUGCAUUCAACCUCAAUUUGCAAAUGAAUGAACAUCUUGAGAUUCCUUGGCUGAAUGAGCACAAGUGCUCAAGAACUUCUCGGCCUCAGUAUUGUUGCCUUAAUCACAUGGAAAUGUCAUGGACAGAUCUCUUGACAUAGAUCAUUUAAACUAGCCAAAACUGCAUUAUGUGUGCAAGGGCACUGAUACUUUUAUGAAAUAUAACAACCAAGUCAAUGUUAGUGUACAUUACACGUCUAUAAAUACAUACAUCUGAGCUACUGGUGUGUUUUUUAAUGUAUCCCCCUACAGUGGUGGUUUUGAUAUCUUACAAAAAUGCACAUGCAACGGUUCAUAUAAUAUCUAAUGAAUUAGCAAGGAACGAAUGGCAUUGUUAUCUUGCGUACUUCUCGUGAAGUUGUGUACUGAACAUAAAGUUAUAUAGCUUAUGUUUAGGCAAGUAAAGUCACAUAGCUUAGGUUUAGGAAAGUAACCGUUGCGUGUAUUAGGUUUAGGAAAGAAACAUGGUUGGGCCUCAUCACGUUACACACCUAACGUAAAAUUUCAUUCUUAAAGCAAAGUUGCGUUGGUUAGGUUUAGGCAAAUAAAGUUACAAGGGUUAGCUUUAGGAAAGUUACAUUACGUAGGUUAGGUUUAGGAAAAGUAUUUACAGAAGAUUAGGUAUCGAAAAAGAAACUUGGUUGGGUAUUGUCUCAUUAGGUACUUAACGUAAAGUUAUGUUCUUGAUGUAGAGUUACGUAUGUUAGCUUUAGGAAAGUUACGUGUCGCAGGUCAGGUUUAAGAAAGUAAAGUUAUGUAGGUUAAGUUUAGGAAAGUUAAGUUACGUAGGUUAGGAUUAGGAAAAUUCCGUUACAUAGGUUAGGUUUGGGAAAGUUAAGUUACGUAGGUUAGGUUUAGGAAAGUAACGUUAUGUAGAUUAGGUUUAGGAAAGUAACGUUAUGUAGAUUAGGUUUAGGAAAGUAACGUUAUGUAGGUUAGGUUCAGGAAAAGCAACUUGGUUGGCUGUCAUCACUUUACGUACUAACAUAAAGCUAUGUUCUUCAUGUAAAGUUAUGUGGGUUAGGUUUAGGAAAAGAAAGAUGGUGACGAAGUACCCUCCAUGGAACAAGAACAGCAGUCUCCUGGGGUAAAGUCAUAGAUAAAUAAUAAUACCAAAGUACCGGAUGCCAAGAUGUUGACUAUUCAUUCUGAUGAGAUUGCUCGCUUGGAACACAUGGCAAAAAAGUUUUUAGUUCCGGGUUUACUUCCUCAGUAUGUGGCCCACUGAAUAUGCGCAGUAGCAUUCCUCCCACUGGCCCUGACUGUGAGUCUAUGAGCCCACUCGGCUCAUAGACUUUACAUUGUGAUGAUGUCACAGAUUUUUAAACUGCUUUUCUUACCUCCGGGGAAGUUUUACAAAUACAAAACCUCCAUGGAUCAAAAAUUCAUAAUAGAAAGAAUAAUUUCUGACCAAGUUUGCAGUUCAAGUGUCCUGAGAAGUUUUACAGACAUGUCUUUUAUAAUGGUGGCCUAUAGGGAAAAUGCUUUUUGCUGCAAUGCUGAGCAGCAUUCCUGUUUGACCCAUCCAUCACCGAAACCUAUAUCCUCAUGCAGACUUUUGCUGUUUGUAUUACUUCCUUCUUUACUCUGUAAAUGCAUUGGUCACAUAAUUGCAUGGGUUAUAUAUGAAUUCUAGUGCAUUGCUUGUUGUAGCUGUACAUACGAACAGUGCAUGAGAACAGCCUGGUUACUUUAGUUUAUUAGUUAUAGCAGGACUCUGUGUCUGAAGAGCUUGGAUCCAGAGAUGGAUAUUCAUAUGCGGUGUUCACACAUAAACACCAGGACAAACCAGAUGCUAUAAUGAGCAGGCUGUAUGCCUUUCAUUUCCCUGUGUCAGAAUGUGCUGGAGUGUGGCACAUGCUUUGUGGAUAUAUCUGCAACCAUAGUAAUCCUCUUUGUAUUUUCGGCACCCUAUGUGUGUGUUUGCAUGGAGGCUAUUCUUAUGUUGGAGUCCGGAGCAGAAUGCCAACUCAAUUCACCAGCUGCACCAAUAGCCUGUGGAAUUCCCAUUAUAUAGGAGACCUGUGCCUCUCAAUGUCUCGCUUCUCGCAUACACACACCACAUGUCAUUUCUCUCUCACAUGACAUAAACACACACCUGCCCCUUUAAUCUUGUGUUUCAUUUUGUUUUUGUUUUUUAAAUAAAGAUCUGAGGGGAUGAUAUCAAAGGCUCCAUCUGUUGUC